GUACAAGGAGGGAGCCCAAGCUUUUAUUGGCUGCUAUACGACACCACCCAUCCACCCAUCCACGCAUCCACCCAUCUUCUCGUUGCACUCCACGCCAGAGCAGAGGAAUCCCUCCACGGCUGAAAUUUCCUCAAGAUGAACGUGUCCUUCUUGGUUGCUUGUGGACUUAUUGUCACGCUGCUGUCGGGGAAGAUGGGAGCCAAACCUUUGACGCAGGCACAGCAGAAGUCUCUUCGGAGUUUGCUGGGCGAGGAGCUGACGGACCUGCUGGAGUCGGAGGAGCGGGACCGGCGGAUAGAGGCGGUGCGCGCUCGGAUGCGCCUACUGAGAGAUUUACGCACGGACGUCCGGGCCAGGGGGAUGUGGGCUCGGCUCCUCAACGACCAGCCCGUGCCUCGGAGGCACAAAUCCGGCAGCAAGAAGGCGGGCUCCACCGCGCGGAGCGGCUGCUUCGGACACAAGAUGGACAGGAUAGGCACCAUCAGCGGCAUGGGCUGCUAGUGCUGGAUCGCACGUAGACGAUCUCCGGAUGGGAAACUUCAUUUUGUUCUCACACGAGGGAAAUAAACUGAGCAGACGGGACACAUGGAAGUCGCCAUGACCAGCAUUAACAGGGACUGAGAUGACAAUGCUACAAAAGCCUGAUACAAAUAUAUAUAUAUAUAUGAUCAAUACGCAGGUAUAUAUCCAUAGAUGUAUACCGGACCAGAUGUUGAGACGACGGUGUAAAAACUACAAAGCGCAAGGCUGUACAUUGGUUGCUGCUGCUGUAAAUUCAUGUACUACAUUCCCCGCUAAAUGUAUUUAUGUUAAGAACUAUUUAUAUGUUUAUAAAAAAAGAGAUAUUUAUAAAUGACUUUUAUUUAUGUAACAUGUUGAGAAAGGAUGCAAA